AAGUGAAUGCCUAACACUAACCCUUAGCCUAAACCUAACCAUAACUAUAACCCUGACACUAAAACAACAUUUUGAGUCUCAAAAAAUGCCUUCAGACUUGUGGGGACCAGGAUUUUGGUCCCCAUAAGGGCUGUUGGUCCCCACAAAAAUAUGAAUACACACACACACACACACACACAGUACUCAGGCACUGUAUACAUAUGCUGCACACAUAUAUGACAUGAGGUGAGAGAAUUAUGUUGGCUCUGUUAACACUGAGGUUAAUGAUGACAUCAUAGGUGGCUGUGUUUGUCCAUCUUUCAUUUACAGUUUAUUAUUACUGCCUGGUCAAAUUAAAGAGAAAUAAAAGAAUCUUGUGGAAGAGCGGCCGAGGUUGGAGAGAUCCUCGGGGAAAGAACACAUGUGAUGCGUGAUGAACGCGUGAACAGCUCCACUUCCUGCCAGCCGGCCUGAGCAGCGCGAACCGGGAAAGAGACAAAGAGCAAGACUGGGAACAAAGAGGUGGGCGUGCCUUUACAAGCGGGCCCGCCCAGUCAUUGCGGGCAGCCAAUCGGAUCCCGGAUAUGCAAACGAGCCGCGGCACCGCAUCGCCCCUGCCCAGGCGGUGACGUCACCCGCACAUCUCUCUGUCUGGCUCUGCAAAGACUCAGACAGAAGCAACAGAGGAGCUGAGGGGAAGCCAGCACGGAUUAUUACCGCUGUGGAAUAAACACGCGUUUUCCUGCAGCAGCACGGCUCGGCUCGAACCGGGACGUCCAGCUUCGACCUGGAAACCAAAGGGGGUGGAUGGUUUUACUGUGGCUCCUUUGCGCUGCUUUCCCUCCCCUCCUCAGCCGCACUGGUUUCUUUGCACUGACCAGUUGUCUUUGAGAACCGGCUCCGGUGCCUCUCCCCUCUUCUCCUCCUCCUCUUCUUCCUCCUCUCUUCCCCUCUCCUUUCUUCGCCCUCCUUCCUGUAUUAUUUUCUGCCUUCCACCCGCAACCCUGCGAAGCCGCAAACAUGCCCAGCUCGCUGUUCGCCGACAGCAGCGUCCAGGGAGACGCGCUGGACGACCAGAGAGCGCUGCAGAUCGCCCUGGACCAGCUCUCCCUGCUCGGCUUGGACAACGACGAGAAUCCGCUGUACGACAACGGCCAGGAGCCCCGGAAGAAGAGCGUCAACAUGACGGAGUGCGUCCCGGUGCCCAGCUCCGAGCAUGUGGCUGAGAUCGUGGGCAGACAAGGUUGCAAGAUCAAAGCGCUGCGAGCAAAGACCAACACCUACAUCAAGACUCCGGUGCGAGGCGAGGAGCCCGUUUUCGUGGUGACGGGCAGGAGGGAGGAUGUGGCCAUGGCCAGGAGGGAGAUCAUCUCGGCUGCAGAGCACUUCUCCAUGAUCCGAGCCUCCCGGAACAAAAACACCAGCCUGAACGGGAGCGGCACCCCGGUCCCCGGACCGCCUAACCUGCCCGGACAGACCACCAUCCAGGUCCGGGUGCCUUACCGCGUAGUCGGGCUGGUCGUGGGGCCCAAGGGUGCCACCAUCAAGCGGAUCCAGCAGCAGACCCACACCUACAUCGUGACCCCGAGCCGGGACAAGGAGCCGGUGUUUGAGGUGACGGGGAUGCCGGAGAACGUGGACCGAGCACGUGAAGAAAUCGAAGCCCACAUCGCCAUGAGGACCGGAGGCCUGAUUGAGCUCCAGGACGAAAACGACUUCCACGCCAACGGCACCGACGUGGGCUUUGACCUGCACGGACACGCCACCCUGUGGUCCAAGCCCAGCGCGGGGAUGACCCCCACCUCUGUACGCAAACCUUUCUCCAACUACCGCAACGACUCCUCCUCCUCCUUGGGCAGCGCCUCCACAGACUCCUACUUCGGCAACAACAGCUCGCGCAUGGCCGACUACAGCCCCCCCAGCCCGGCACUCAGCUACACGGCCACCACCAACAACAACGGCAACAACAAUAACAACAACAUCAACGUCAACACCAACGGCAACGGGUUUGUUUACGGAAGCGACAUCAUCUCCCCCGACUGCACUGAUCUGACUUUUGACUCCUCGCCAGGGUUUGACCCUACACCAGCCCCGCCGGGCCUCCUGUGGUCCCCGUACGACAGUCGCAUGACCCCCUCCUCCACCGGAGGCAGCUCCCCCACCUCCACUUCAGCCAUGUUCCCCACCAACAGCUCGGCUAAUGCCAACGGGAUCGCGGGGAGCCAGAGGAGGGUUAACGGCUGCACCCCGCAGCCUCGCCUGUCGCCUCCUCUCCACAGCCACAACGGCGGGCCCGCCGAGCACCCAUUAGCCCGCAGGGUGCGCAGCGACCCGGGCGGUGGCCCACUCAGUUUCCCUGGCUACUCUGGCUCCAUCGCCUCCUUGCCGGGCCCCCACCUACCCGGGGUCCCGUGCGACUCCUCGGCCUCGUCGUCGUCCUCCUCUUCCUCCUCGUCCACCUCCUCGGGCACCAGCCGAAAAGGUAGUCGCGAUUGUUCGGUGUGCUUUGAGAGCGAGGUCA